AUGAACGAACUGGGUGCGGUUUCGGCAGUGGUAUUGGUCAAGAGCAAGACAAUAACGAAAGGAACGGAUUACAUUUUUCAAAAAAAUUGCCGAUCCAGAGGUUUUUUUAAAAGUUUUUUACAGAACAGCUCUUGAUUGUGCCGGCCUUAGUGCUGAAUAAGGGUUUUAAAUAAACAAUCAUAUAGCCUAAAAACCUGAUCUUUUGUUAUUUCUAACAUUUGAAAGAGCAAAGAAAAUUAUUUUCAAGGUUUUCUGUUGAAUAUUGAGAAUUUGGAUAUAGAUAAUAGGAAAAAAAGAAAAUCCGCUAAACGUGAUACUUGAAGUGACCAAUUUGGUUAAUAAAGGAUUUUCUUGAGAUUUAAGAAAAGAAAGCUGUUUUUAUUGAGAUUAAUAUUUUACUACUUCACAAAGCAUAAUUUCAGCUUAUAUUAAAACUAUCUUUAUAAACAAAAUUUUGAGAUUAUUUCUCAAUUCGAUAGGAUUGUCGAAAUUCUAUGAACUUUCCUCUAAUGCACCACUGUUCAACUAUCCGAACACCACAAUCAUGAUCAAAAUAUUUACUUCAUUUUCGGUCAAUAAAAAUCUUGAAUUUCACGUAGUAGGUAUCUUUACAAUGUGUUUUUUGCAGUUUUGCCUAUUCGCGCUGAUUAUUUGCUCGGGUCUGGCCCAAGCGCAACUUCUUGGAUCUCCAUUUUCGAUCGGAAGCUCACCAAGCAGCUACGUCGGUGA